GCUGCCAUGCCGGUUAAGUCCUAAGGGGGUUUGGUCAGGUCAAAAAAAGCAAUCAAAAGAAACAACUGCAUUUGAAAGUGUCAGAGCAUAGGAAUUUGUGCACAGCACUUAAGAAACAGAAUCAUGAGCAUGGCGCCAGUUCCAGUCAUACAAUUAAUACGAUUAAACGCACCACGUGCUUCCUUUCACACAUUUGCAAACCGAUUGCGGCGCACAUUUGCAUUGGGUAAUCAGUCGUUGCCAUUGUCACCGGCGCCUCUGCACUGCCGUCCGCUGUCAACGGGAGCAGCGAUUCAUACACACAAAGCACAGGUGGAUGGUGCAGCCUUGUCGAGCGGCAAAAGAUGCUACAGCAAUGCCAAGGGACCACCGGCUGGCACAGAGACUGCGUCGCCAUUGCUCUCAAAACUUUUUCCACAAACUUCGCCCGAUGCGGACAGCAAUGCCGAACAGGAACGCAAGAAGCGCGAAGAGGACGAGGCCAAGGAGAAUGAACGCGCUUGGAAACGCAUGAAACUGGGCUUUGCCAUUUUUGGUGGCGGCGGCAUUGCCACUGUGCUUUGGGGCAUCUAUAAGUUUGGACAACCCGAAAGGGAUGCAGAGGGUCAGACCAUAGAAGAUGAGUUUACACACAAGCCGCUGGUACAACAAUAUUUGCAGCGCAUGUGGAAAUCGCUGCACUACUAUCAAAAAAUGAUCCAGGAACCAUCACGUGCGAAACUAUUGCCUGAUCCGCUUAAGCAUCCAUAUGUGCAGCCGCGUUACACGCUUGUCCUAGAAAUGAAGGAUGUGCUGGUUCAUCCGGAUUGGACAUAUAAGACUGGGUGGCGCUUCAAGAAGCGCCCCGGCGUCGAUCACUUUUUGCAGGAAUGCGCCAAAGACUUUGAAAUUGUUGUCUUUACUGCCGAACAGGGCAUGACAGUAUUUCCCAUACUGGAUGCCCUCGAUCCCAAUGGCUACAUUAUGUACCGCUUGGUUCGCGAUGCCACCCAUUUCGUUGAUGGUCACCACGUCAAAAAUCUGGACAAUUUAAAUCGCGACCUCAGACGCGUAAUUGUCAUUGACUGGGAUAGCAAUGCCACUAAAAUGCAUCCGGACAACACAUUUGGCAUUGCGCGCUGGCAUGGCAACGGCGAUGAUGCACAGCUCUAUGAUUUGAUUGCGUUUUUGAAGAUCAUAGCGCAAAAUGAUGUGGAUGAUGUGCGUGAAGUGUUGCAUUAUUAUCGUCAAUUUGAGGAUCCCAUUAGCCAGUUUAGGGAUAAUCAACGCAAACUUGCCGAGCAAAUGCAGGAAGCUGAACGCAUCGAACAGUCGAAAGCCAAGCCGAUGGUGAAGCAAUGGUCUCGCAACAUUCUGGGCCGCUAACUUCUGUACAACCGACGCUGCUGUUGCUGUCGCUCGUCGCACCAUGCUAACCCACACAAAAGCCAUAGUCGUUAUAUACACAGUAGUUGUAUCCAGUUAUAAACUACUUCUACAUACACCCAUCCCCAUCCCAAUCCCAAUCCCUAUGUUUUUAGUAAAAGGCGUGGCCAAUGUAAGGAAAGGCAUCUUCAAAAAUCCCACACAGAGUGCUCCCCAUACAAAGAAAUAUGUGAAAGUUCUUGCGAGUAAGCAAAAUGCACGAUUUUCUUUUGAUACAAAAAAAAA